AUGACUCAGAAGGAUUUGCAUUUACGACAACCAAGAUGGCUAGAGUUGAUAAAUGAUUACGAGGUUGUGAUUGAUUAUCACUCGGGUAAAGCAAACGUGGUUGCCAAUGCCUUGAUUAGAAAAUCAUUAUUUGCGUUGAGAGCAAUGGAUGCCCAAUUAGCUUUAUUAGAUGAUGGUUCAAUUCUAGCAGAGUUGAGAGUUAGGCCAAUGUUUCUACAAGAGAUUCUUGAAGCUCAGAAAUGUGAUAAGGAUUUGCAACCCAAGAGAACUCUGUGUAAGGUAGGGGUUGAAUCAGACUUUCAGAUUGGCAUCAAUGGGUGUAUAAUGUUCAAAGAUAGAGUUUGUGUACCCAAGGACAGGAAACUUAUUCAAAAGAUUCUAUGA